AUGCACGGCAGCUACAAGAACUUGUGCCUUUUGGGCUCGUUUGUCACUGGAUUCCUGCUGUUUCUUAUUCUUCUGAACUUUCAAUCCGUGGGAAGACUCAAGCCACCGGUUUGUUACGUCCAAUUAAUACUUUCUGUUUUUUUGGUUUACCAUCGCCUCGAGAAAUUUUGCAAGUUUGAUUAUAGUCAAUGUUUCCCGACUUGAAAGGAGAGGGAGGCGGGGCAAGGGGCGGGACGCGUAGCGUGUGCGUUCGCGGUUCUUGGCACGAGUUCAAUUAAUUGCCGCCGACUACUUAAAAAGCUCGGCGAUCGCUCUUUUUCAAUGUUUUCUACUAUUUUUUGAUGCACACAUGGAUAUAAUCAAUAAAUAAUUGAAAAAGGAAUAAAAAGAGCGAAAAACGGGCUUUUCAAAGAGUCGAUGGCGGUUGAAUUGAACAAGUGACAAAGACCGCGAACGCACACGCUACGCGUCUCGCCCCUGCCCUGCCUCCCUCGCCUUUCAAGUCGGCAAACAUUGACUAUAUUUGAGUUUUAUUUUAGUUAAGAUCAAUUUCAAUCUCAAUUAGUGGAAAAUUACGUAAUUUUUUAAGAAACUCCUGAUGUGUUUUAGAUUUCAUUGCAGGUUUUCAAACAUCCCAAACUCUGCGGUCCGGAUUUGAAGGCUGUAACAAGCAAACUGAACGAAACUCAAGAUGGCAUCUCGGAAACUCAAAACAAUAGCAGUUAGUUGUAUUUCAGUUCUUAUUCUGAAAAGCAAAAAUCAGAUGUCGGCCUGGAUACCGUUCGACCGGCUUUUCAAGACUGGAAGACGUGUUUGUUAUCUGCAAAAAUCUGGGACGAAAAAUUGGUCCUCUUUCACGCCUGGGACUCGGAAAAAAAGAGUUUUCAGAACUGGGGAUCGUUGAACAAGCUUUGUACGGACUGUAGUCAGAAAGCGGAUGGUUUUGAGACACCAGGGCAACAAGUUCAAAAAGAAGAGGUGUCCGACUCCGCGAUAAUGGGAAAAGAAGUUUGUUCCCAUCGAAACUUGUAUUUUAUAUUCUAAUUACCCUUUUUGAGUUGUCCAUUGGAAAAUAGAAUGAAAAAAAAAUUAAACAUCAAAACUUAGGUAGCGCCCAAGAUUGUGAUCUUCGUCUGCGUCGCAAUGGAUUCCCAAGCAAGUCUCCAGAAUGCUCUACAGAAAGUUGGCAUCAACAAUAGGAAUUGAAUAACUCAACAACUUCAGGAUAACAAUAUCUUUGAAGCUUAUACGAUGGACGUGAAACUACUCGAACAACUUUUGAAGGGCUCCAAAGUCUGCACCAUUGCAGGCGCAGACACAAUCCAAGUUCAAACUCGGUUCGAAAAUGGUAGAACAUAAUAAUUUUGGCUGAAAAGUUUAUUAUUUGCUUUAGAAACCAGUGAACAGGAACAGUACAUAGAAAUCAAGGACUUUACACAGUUUCUCAAGGAAAUGGGGGAAAACGAAAGAAUUGACUAUCUGGUCAUCGAAAUUGAAGGUACUGAUAGUCCCAUUAUUUCGGAAACAUCGACAUCCGCCAAAUAA